GGUGUCUUUGUCGGAAUGUAAACAAACAAGAUGGCUGGCCACGUGCCGGGGGGAAGAAUAUGACAGCUGAGGACAGGGUGCGGUACAGCUGUCACGGGGCACUCACCACACCCUCACCCUGCCACCCUGCUACCCUACCGCCCCAUCACCCUGCCAGAUGCGGCCGAGUACCUUCCUGCUGGAGGUGGUGGUGGGGGAACUGUCACUCACCUCCCACCUCUCCCGCCCUGUCACCUCCCCCGCUGUGUGUGUUCAGAUACGCGGCGGCCCUCCCCUGGUCAUCCCCUACCUGCCUCCGGCCUUCACCAGCACCCUUGGCCCACCACAGACACACCCAGGCAGUUUAUGUUCCAACGAGGCAAGUCCUGCAUAUUCUCGGCUCCUUGGCACCCUUUGUCGCUUCCAAGGGGGCCAGUGUGAAGGUGGAGGUGUUGCGUAGUGCCAGUGACGGUGUGGGUGUCCAGAGUGCCUUGGUUGGGUGCCACGAGGGGUGUUUAGUGCCACAGGGUGAGUCUGCAACGCUUAUGGUUCUCAGGGGUACGUUGCUGCUCACCGGGAGAGACAGAGAGAGUGUUGGUGCUAUCUCCAUCUCUAUCUCCAUGAAAUGUCUCGGUGUGGAGGUCCCAGCGGGUGGUAGGAUAAGCCACACACCCACAGGAGUCCCCGGUAUCUACGAGGAGUCCUUCAGUGUCCUACAGGAUGCGCAGGUUCCUUAUGAAAACCUCCCUGCUUCUGAGAGGAUAGCACUCAGGAUAGCCAGCCUUGAGGAUCCGGCCAGUGCCAGCUUCCCACCCCCUAUGCGAGCUGCCCCGGGGGAGUGGGAGAGGUGGCAGGAUUCCCCCAGGCGGGUAGGGGAGCUGGCCCAACCCUUGCCUAUCAUGUACUUAGGGUGGGAUGCGGAGGGCGAAAGAGUAUGGGAGGAGAAGUUGGCUUUGAUGGACCAGGAGAAGAAGCAAGACAGUGAGGGCGAGGUGGAUGGUGGGCGGGAAAGUGACCAAGACAGCGACACACCACCCAAGAACACCAGCCACACUAGAAAACCUAACAGGAAGCCCAAACAUCAACACCAUUCACCCAAAACCAAACGGAGACAGCCACGCAAGCACGCACAAACACACUCGCAGUCCUCUCGGCCUCGCGGAUGGCUAAGGUCCACCCCGCUGGCCCCACAAUGCACCGCUAAGCCACCCAGACUCAACCGCACGCAUCUUCUCCGCCUCGCUGCUUCUAACUCUCAGCUGGACCGCGAUUUGAAGGCCGAAGUGGAGCGGAGGGUGAGAAGUCGCGUCAGGGAUUUAGAAGACGAUUUCCUCACCCUCAUUGGAAAGUUGGCAACGAAACGGACCUCCAGGGUAAACUAUGGCACCUCGGCGUCUGUUGUAGCCACACGCCGGACCCUCCAGAGUGUCGGGUGCCAGACGGACAGUGCCAGGGAGAGAGUGCCAGUAAAUGUGGUGAAUGAUGGCAGCGUUUCCCCGUACCAGUUCUUACAGCAUGACACAUCACCACACCGUCACACACCACCGCCACAGGAAACCACCCCGCACCACUCCUGCGAGACGAAAGGCACUCAGACGGACGCUAAACACACACCUGAGCAUAGAGUAACAAAAAACACACGUACUGACAAACAAACAUUGACAGAACCUCCUCCAAACACACUAACCAACAAACCCAAACACAAACCACAGGACUCAAACACAGGACCGCUUGCAGAGACACCACCUGACGGACUUAACGUGAUAAAGAUAGCGGGAAGAGUUUUAGCCGCUCCAGUAACAGGGAGAUCAACAAGAGAGGCUGCUGGGACCUGUGACAAUGCGAGACUCUUACUGGGCGACAUACCGAAGAAUUUGACAUAUGUGAUUGGGCCGGAUGGGGAGAAAGUGUAUGUGGGAAUUGAGGAAGCGAGAGGGAGAGAUGGAGAGAGAGAGCAAGGAAGAGGAGAGGGAGAGAUGCGAGUGGAGAAGAGAGGAGGAAAAGGAAAAUAUGAAAAGGAAGAGGAAAACAGUGAAAGGCAAAUAAGUGAAAGAAUACCUCACACCUCCUCCUCUUCCUCCUCCUCCUCCUCCUCCUCCUCCUCCUCCUCCUCCUCCUCCUCUCCAGCUCCUCCUUUGACCCCCAGGCCCUCCAAACACCCGUUCCUUACCCCAGGGGAGCAGCCACUAAGAGAACCAUCACAAGACACCUGGGGCCUCACAUACACCAUCCACCCUGCUGACCAACACACAUCCACAUCCACACGCAAAUCCACCCCAGCCACGCACCUCAGCAGCUCUUCCGUGGAUGCGGGUGGUAGUGGAGAGGUGGAGGAGGAAGUGGAGGAAGGAAGAAGAGGUGGAGGAAGGUUCAAGUGCCUCCAGUGUUUCAAAUGAAGUGUUUCGGGAGAUAUGGAAAGGUCGCAAGGCCGAUCUGCUCUCCGCCAUAGCCAGCAGUCCACUACAUUCUGUCGGUGAGUCCCUGCUGAGUCCACCCACCAGCGCUCCACACUCGCAACCAAGUGGAGUGGUGGAUGGCUCCCUAAACUCCACCUCUGCCGCCUCCACUCACUCCAAGAGGCAGAAAAACACACCAAAAGACGAUUCACUAUACCAAACUAAACCACAAAAGACUAGUGAUCAAUUUGGCACUAUUAAUGGCACUAGUAGGCCUCUCAGUGCCAGAUCUUCAGGUACAAGUAUAAGUGACAUUAGUGCCAGAAUCGCGGCCUCCUCGUGGCACGGAAGAUUGAAGUGCCAAGGCUCAACACAGAGUCUGUUAGUUCAUAUGUGCCAUCUGAUCAAUCUGGCACUCUCUCUUCUAUGUCUGAUGUGCUGAUGUCUCCCUCAUCCUCCUCCUCUGACUGACUGUGGUGGUGGUGGUGGUGGUGGUGGUAUAGUGGUGAUGUGUUAACCCCUUCAGUACUGGGACACAUUUUUACCAUGAGAUUUGUGUGUGAUUAGACCGUUUUAUUUGCAUUAGGAAGAGGUUAUGGAGGUCAGAAGAUUAAUGGUCAUAGUUUUCACCAUUUUAAUCCCCACGUAAAUUUCCGAAGCUGUAUAAAAUCACCAAAUAGUACCCAGAAUACGGAAACGCGUCGUGGUACUGAAGGGGUCAAGCUUUCUCUAAGGUCAUGAAAACUCUCCAAAGUCCAUGAACCGCCACUGCUCCCUGUCAAACUCCCGCUAGUCUUGUUAACCUAUAGAACCAUGAAAGCUUUCUUGAAAACCACCCAGAACCAUUCCACUACAGCCUGGUAAACUGUGUCACUAGUACUGUUAGAUUAUCACCAGAACACUGAGGCUGUCUAACUAUCACUAUAUAAAUAAGACUACAGAAGCAUUAAAAGCACCCUUAAAAAUCUCAGUUAACGUCACCAAAGACAGAUAAGAUAUUGAUACGCUUAGAAAUGCCGUCCAUAGAUAUAUAGAUCACAAUAAGUAUAAUAAUAAAAUGAUUGAAAUAAAGUAAUAUAUACAUUUA